UGUCAUAGUUCUUCAUGGCUCUAAACCCAAUUGCGUGCGAUAACUGUCGGUCAAAGAAGUGCAGGUGCGACCGGCGUGUGCCUUCAUGCUCGCAAUGUCGCGCAUCUUCGUUGAUCUGCCGGUAUCAAGAAGGCGGAAAACGAGGGCUUCCAAUCGCGUACAUCAACAAUCUUGAGAGGCGGCUGCGAGACACCGAGUCUGCACUAUACGCAACCAUGCUUGCAUUCGACGAACGUGACAGCAUCCAAGCUAGUAAUUUCGGUCUCCUGAAGACGCCCCGUGAGCUGUCAAAAACCGAAAGGCAAGACGAUUGGAGACGACUUCCACUUCAGACGCCUGACCAGCUCGCUAUGUGGUUUCAGGAGAAAAAACUGCAAGCAGUGGCCCCUCAAGCGGAGCUACCAUCCAUCUCCUUUCCAGCUGUACCGGCACUUCAACCGACCGAUUUGCGCGCCGAAGAGGAUCCACGCAUGGCUCUGCCAAUUCCACACACUCCAGGAUCUGAAAGUAUGCACUCGCCAGCGUACCCUGAAUCCGCCUCUUCAAACGUGUCGAAGGGCGUUGCCGAACAGCUCAGAGGCAUUGAGCCCCCACAAGCACCCAAUACUUCAGGAUUGCCUCUCAAGUCGACCAGCUGGCACAACUACUUUUGAGCAACGUUUAUGAACGAAGCGGUCGCAUGGAUCUCUAUAUCCAGAAUGCACAAAGGACCAUGAAGAGUAUCACCGCACACCUGAUCGUGCAGUAACUCAGCCCACAGAGCUGUUUUGUGUUGAAUUACGGCGCAUCGCAAGUGCGGGGUUUGUUUCUCCGUAGGGCUGAACUCACGAACUGCGAUUUUGCAGCUCCACA